GCCCGCAUCCCUGCCCUGUGCCAGGUCUCUGGCUCCCCUGAACCGUGCCCGCGGGCCCGUCGGUAAGGCAGCACUCACCCCAUCAGCCUGCUCGGGCCAGCGGGGAACGUCCGGGCCAUCGGAGCUCGGCCAGAGUAGUGUCCCAGGACACAUCACACCAUUUCCCCAUGCCUUCAUCUGCCCAUGAAUGAGGGAUGAGGAAUCGGGGAGAAUCACCAUGUGCUUACAACUCUCCAAAUGGAGAAACCAAGAGUUACUGCCAGGAAUUCUCCUUAGAAGAAAGACUUGCACAUCCCAAGGAGUAUAAGCCGUGUGGACAGGAGAUGGUGUCACAGGCACCACUUGUCACAGUAGAGCUCCAGCGAGAUGGAGAACUACAAACUCCAUAUCCCACACUCUUUGCAGCUAGGGAUCCACGUGGGACCUGGCCUCCAUCAAGCAGGCACACCCUAUAGAACUUGCAAGAAGGAAGAGAACUCCAUCAGGACUUCCAUAAUCGUACAAAUCUGACACGAAGUAAAACUGCGCCUCUCCGGGGAGAAACUACAACUUCCAGGGUUCCGCGGAUUGAAGGCUUGGGCUGUUCUCGGAGGCAAACUACAAUUCCCAGAAUUCCGUUAACCAAGGGGAGGUUCUGGCCUAGGGUCCGAGCAGCUGAGCUCGCGAGCCUGCGCACGUGCACUGGCUGCCGCGCCGGGCUCGCCAGCCAAGCAGGCGCAAGGCGGGCACCCGCGAGCCCCGGCGGCGGCGGUGGGGUGGGUGCCGCGGGACCUGCCCUCCAUGCCUGGUCUUCCCGGGCUCGGGGCGGGGUCAGGAGGCGGCAGCGGCGGCUGAUUCAGCCAAAGCCGACUACGCGGAGGGCCCACCGGGACGCUUCAACGCCACGGAGCCCCGCCUGCGGGCUGCAGACCAGGACAUGAAGUCUUAAGAAUUGGCCCAGGCAGACGCAGAAGGACAAAUACUACAUGAUACCACAUGAUCCCCUCUGUUCCAAGAAGCACUGGAGGAAGGUGUCAAAGAUGCCACCACGCCUGCAGACACAGAGCUGGGCAGCUGGUUGAGGAAGUUGAGGCUUGAGGCGUUAAUCUGCCAAGAUCAUAAAACCAUCUCACACCUAGGAUCUAAAGGAAGACACUUAUUAGGUUGACCCUAAUUGAGUGAAAUUGCUGUUUUUGUACGUGACAAGCAGUCAGCUAUCAGUAUUCAUGAGGUUCAACGAAUACACCAUUUCUGACCUUCUCCACAACCCUGUGAGGUGGGUGCCGUGCUCUCGCUCUUGCUGACGGGGAACCUGACUUCAGAAAGGCCGUGCCAUAAAGUCACGGAGCUGGGCUUUGAACCCGAGUCUGUCUGGCUUUUUAGCCUUAAACUUGCCUGGACAGCACACAUCCUCCUCUGGGAGCCACUGACCACCGGUAAUGCGGCAGGAACUCAGAGCCAGGUUGGUGUAGGGUGUGAUGUGAUAAUUCCUGAGAUCAGGGGUCUCCAACAGAGCAGACCAAUUGGUCAGACUUCUUGGUGCGGUCAGUGCCCUGAGACCGAGGUGUGCUACCUGUCCCCCGCAUCCCCCCUGCACCUUCCCUGCCCCCCUGUCGGGGAGGGCUAGCAGAAGGUGUGGCUGCUCUGGCAAGGUGAGAACUCCAGAGGACUUUCCUCAGGGAGGGGGAGGGAGGCUGCAAGGGAUGGAACGGGCCUGCCCUCCCUAGCAGAGCCGUGCCCAAGGGGGUGAAGAGCGGCUCAUCCACAUCAGACCUGGCCUGGCCCUAGCGGGUGGCAGCUGGGUGGAGCAGCGGAUGGACUGGGCUGUGCGGGGAGCCACCUGCCUUCGCUGGACCCUGAACUCAGAAGCUGCGUGGCCAGGCCUGCACAUGACCUGCCGCUCUCCCCAGCCUUCAGGAGGCAGCACUCGCCAGGAGUUUAGGACGCCUCCAUUUUUAAUCCUGCCGUGUCGCAGAGUUGCUGGAUGAUUUGGGGCACUUCUCUAAGGCUUUUGCCGAUCGUCCGCGUGCCCGCAGAGAUGGGUCGAGCCCGCCAGGCCUGUGGCACUCCCCGGGGGCUGUCCUGUCACUAGGGCCCCGUGGUGGCAUUAGGAUGCACCUGUCGGCGGUGUUCAACGCCCUCCUGGUGUCCGUGCUGGCAGCGGUCCUGUGGAAGCACGUGCGGCUGCGUGAGCAUGCGGCCGCUCUGGAGGAGGAGCUGGCCCUCGGCCGCCAGGCCCCAGAGCCGGGCCCCGCGCUGAGGAUCGACUACCCCAGGGCGCUGCAGACCCUGAUGGAGGGCGGCACACACAUGGUGUGCACGGGCCGCACGCACACUGACCGCCUCUGCCGCUUCGAGUGGCUGUGUUACUCCAGCGAGGCCGAGGAGUUCAUCUUCUUCCACGGCAACGCGUCCGUCAUGCUGCCCAACCUGGGCUCCCGGCGCUUCCAGCCGGCCCUGCUCGACCUGUCCACCGUGGAGGACCACAACACCCAGUACUUCAACUUCGUGGAGCUGCCGGCCGCCGCCCUGCGCUUCAUGCCGAAGCCCGUGUUCGUGCCCGACGUGGCGCUCCUCGCCAACCGGUUCAACCCCGACAACCUCAUGCACGUCUUCCACGACGACCUGCUGCCUCUCUUCUACACCCUGAGGCAGUUCCCCGGCCUGGCCCACGAGGCCCGGCUCUUCUUCAUGGAGGGCUGGAGCGAGGGCGCACACUUUGAGCUCUACAAGCUCCUCAGCCCGAAGCAGCCACUCCUGCGGGCACAGCUCAAGACCCUGGGCCGGCUGCUGUGCUUCUCCCAUGCCUUCGUGGGUCUCUCCAAGGUCACCACGUGGUACCAGUAUGGCUUCGUCCAGCCCCAGGGCCCGAAGGCUAACGUCUUGGUCUCGGGCAACGAGAUCCGGCAGUUCACACGGUUCAUGAUGGAAAAGCUGAACGUGAGCCGGGCAGGGGCUCCCCUAGGCGAAGACUACGUUCUGGUCUUCAGCCGUACCCAGAACAGACUCAUCCUGAACGAGGCAGAGCUGCUGCUGGCACUGGCCCAGGAGUUCCAGAUGAAGACGGUGACGGUGUCCCUGGAGGACCACGCCUUUGCAGAUGUCGUGCGGCUGGUCAGCAACGCCUCCAUGCUGGUCAGCAUGCACGGGGCCCAGCUGGUCACUGCCCUCUUCCUGCCCCGUGGGGCCACUGUGGUCGAGCUUUUCCCAUAUGCUGUCAAUCCCGACCACUAUACGCCCUAUAAGACGCUGGCCACGCUGCCUGGCAUGGACCUCCAGUACGUAGCCUGGCGGAACAUGAUGCCAGAGAACACAGUCACGCACCCUGAACGGCCCUGGGACCAGGGGGGCAUCGCUCACCUAGACCGGGCGGAGCAGGCCCGUAUCCUGCAAAGCCGCGAGGUCCCGCGGCAUCUCUGUUGCCGGAACCCUGAGUGGCUCUUCCGAAUCUACCAGGACACCAAGGUGGACAUCCCAUCCCUCAUCCAGACCAUACGGCGCGUGGUAAAGGGCCGGCCGGGGCCGCGGAAGCAGAAGUGGACUGUCGGCCUCUACCCAGGCAAGGUCCGGGAUGCGCGGUGCCAGGCGUCAGUGCAGGGCACCUCCGAGGCGCGCCUCACCGUGUCCUGGCAGAUCCCAUGGAACCUCAAGUACCUGAAGGUGAGGGAGGUGAAGUACGAGGUGUGGCUCCAGGAGCAGGGCGAGAACACCUAUGUGCCUUACAUCCUGACCCUGCAGAACCACACCUUCACCGAGAACAUCAAGCCUUUCACUACCUACUUGGUGUGGGUCCGCUGCAUCUUCAACAAGAUCCUCCUGGGACCCUUUGCAGAUGUGCUGGUGUGCAACACGUAGCGAGCGUGCCGUGGCCAGGCCUGGGUGGGGGCGUGGCUCCUCCAGCUCAGUGGCCCUGGGCCCACUAGCCCCAUGUGGUGGCUUCUGGGAAUUGUUUAUUUAUUGAGCAGGCCUGCCCCAGGCUUGUGCCCCCAUGUCAUCUUACUGCAUCUGGAGUGUGGGGUCCACAGUCCUCUUUGCCCUGGUACGACGGGACCCUCCCAGCCCCCUUCUCCCAUCGUGAGCAUCCAGACCGUGGAGAAGGUCCUUAGCGGGAGGAGGAGGAGGAGAAGGAAGAAGGAAAGUAAGAACCCUAAGGAGCCACUGGCCGAGUAAUCGUGCCGUUCCCUACUGAAUCUCUCUGGUUGAUCUCCAGGUGUUUGGAAACUGUGAGUAGUAGAUCACGUGGUUGCUUGGGUGGGUGGUUCAUCAGCUUCCGUCAUCAUGAAAUUCGCCUGUAGCACAGUGAAGGUGUGUGUGGAACAUUCAUUAAACGAUUAUAAACA